CACAAACGAGUAAUUUACUCAGUUUUCGUUCUUCAGUUUUACAAAAAUGGCGAAAGUCGGUGCUCGUUCGAUCGGAAUUUUAACAAUUUUUCUAAUUAUUUACAAUUUAAAUCUAUGUGCAACAAAUCCACAAUAUGAAAAUGACAAAAAGACUCAAUAUGAAAGUGUUCAAAACACACCAAGUCCGACAAUAGCAUCAGCAUCAGCACAGCUCAAUGCCACUGCAUCAGCGGUAACGCCGAUUGUUGUGCCCUACAGCAAUCGACCAUUGUUGGGUGUCAACGGGACUGGACAACGUAAGGAUAUGACUGAUAAAACAACAAAAAUCAGCAGCACUACAGUGCAGCCGGAAACGAUAAAAACCAAUGAUGGUGAUGUUGCUGAUGCCAAGAAAAACGUUAAUCAAUAUCCCAAAAAAGCCGUAGGUACAACAGUCGGCGCCUCAGCUACAUUAACAAAAGCCGGUGCAACCGUUGCAGCCGGAGCUACAGUAGCUGGCACCGUGGCUGGAACAGUAGCCGCUACAGUAGGAGCGACUGUACAAAAAGAGGAAGAAACGGAAGAAGAGAAAAUUAUUGAUACCAUAGAUGUGCCCGAGAAUGAGACAUUGAAUGCUUUGAAAUAUAAUAAUUUAACGGUGAAUCAAACUGAGGAUCAUCAUCAUUAUUAUAAUAGUACUAUUGUUGUGGACAAAGAGAAGGCUGAUACAUAUUGGAAUGAAAUUAAGAAUAUGACACCAAAUUGGAUGUUGUCACAAUCCCAUCGUAGGGCUAUGACUGUUGUUUUAAGUUUUGACUUUCCCUUCUAUGGUCAUCCUGUAAGAAAUGUUACUGUUGCCACCGGUGGUUUUAUAUAUACCGGCGACUAUGUACACUCCUGGUUGGCGGCAACACAAUAUAUAGCUCCCCUAAUGGCCAAUUUCGAUACAAGCCUGUCAAAUAAUUCAUAUGUGCGGCUAAAUGAUACCGGCUCCAGUUUUACGGUUAUUUGGGAAAAUGUUAAUCUACAGGACAAACAAGAUGUGGGCAAAUUUACUUUCAGUACCACAUUGCAUAAAAAUGGUGAUAUUGUUUUCACAUAUUUCUCUGUGCCGAUUUUUGUUAAUGCCAUACAAGAUGACAAACAUCCUGUCAAGGUUGGUCUCUCCGAUGCCUAUAUUAUUGACAAAGUUGUCUACUUCGCUCGUAGAAAAACAAUUUAUGAAUAUCAUAGAGUUAAUUUUGCCAAUGCCGAGAUUACAAAUUCCACAAUCAUCACUCUGAAAGCUUUACCCACUUGUCUUGAAUAUACCGAUUGUGCCUCAUGUGUAAAUCAUGUCACUGCAUUUAAUUGUACAUGGUGUCCAACUUUAAACAGAUGUUCCACCGGUACAGACCGCAAAAAACAAGAUUGGCUUGCCCGUGGCUGCGAUCGUAACUUUGUAACCGAAGAAAAGUUUUGUCCUGCCAUCGGUCAAAAGGGUAAUAAUGCCAAUCAAAAUGAAACAACAUCUACCACAGUUGUAGAUGAUAACACCAAUAACAAUAGUAAUCACAAAGAUGAUUCAUUACACCCCUUUAAACCCUAUAAUCCUACAGGUUUAGAAUCCUCAACCACAGAGACACCAUUGGAAAAAUCCAAUACAGAUUUUCAUACUGGCACACAAAUGAAAUCGAUGAUUGAUGAGUCGGCCGAACGUAAAAGUAUGGGCGUUACAUUGGGUGUAUUUGUGCCCAUAUGUUUGGUGUCGUGUGCCUUACUAUGGAUACUUUAUGCCUAUAGAAAUCCUCAUACAAGAAGUGGCCAACUUCUUAUACAGUAUCGUCCCAGUCAGUGGUCUUGGAGGCGUGGCGAAGCUCGUUAUACAGCAGCAACGAUACAUAUGUAGAAAAUUGUAUAAUUUUAAUUUUAAACCUUCUUCGCCUUUGACUUUUUUUAAACUUGUUACCAAAACUAUAUAAUUUGUGUAUUUUUUUUUAUUAUUUGUAUAAUCUAUUAUAAAUUCUACUCGGAUUUCAGAAACAUCGACAUAAUUUGUCUCUAUCUUUAAACUCUUUAUAAAUUUAUAUAAAAAAAUUACGUAUGUAGACAGACAUUCUUUAAAUGUUAUUAUUCUUUCUUUUAGUAAAAUUUUUGCGCUAAUUUUUUAAACAAAAACCAUAAACUAUUUUUAUAACAUAAUUUUAACUUUAUUGACAAAAACAAAACAAACAAAAAAAUAAGAGAAAAGCAAAAAGACACAGUAAAAUUAAAUAAUUUUGUUUAAAUAUUUUCUCUCUUUACUUGAAAUUAAUUGUUUUGUUUGUAUUAUGUAAUAUGUGUAGGAAUUUGUUUAAUUUAAUUUUUAAUUAUAAAAAUAACCACCAUCCUGGACUUUAAUUUUAAAAAAAACUAUUUUUUUAAUGUGUGUAAAACAAAAAAACAAAAUGAAAUAAAAUUUUGGUUGUUUUUAUUUCGGAUUCUUUCUUUUUUUAUAUACAUGUGUACGUAUGUGCAAAUUAUGUGAAAAGAAAAAAAAUAUUUUUUAGUUAAAAUAUUGUGAUUUUUUUAUGUUUAAUUUUAAAUAUUUGUGUGUUUAUAUAUAUUUUUUUUAAUUUGUCUCAUAUUUUGUAUCUGUACAUUAAAAAAAUUAUAAUAAAAAUAAAAUAAAUAAAACAA